AUGACGUCUAUGGAGAAGACCCGACAGUCAAUCGAUUGCAGGACGUCAUGGCGGAGAAGCUUGGAAUGGAAGCUGGGACUAUUCGUUACCAGCGGUACGCAGGCGAAUUUACUAGCUCUGCUGGCGCACUGCAGCCGAGGAGAUGAGUAUAUAGUGGGUCAGGUUGCUCACACCUACAAAUAUGAAGGUGGUGGCGGUGCAGUGCUAGGUGGCAUCCAACCUCAGCCUCUGGAUUUUGAAGAAAACGGAACAAUAGAUUUGGAUGUGGCUCGGAGUUUUAUCAAACCCGAUAAUGAUCACUUUGCCAACACCCGUCUAUUCUGUCUGGAAAACACGAUUGCUGGCAAAGCGCUGCCGAUGAAGUAUCUCGAUGAUGCUGCUCAAUUUGUGAAUUCAAAUGGUCUGGCGUUUCAUCUUGAUGGCGCACGCGUCUUCAAUGCGGCUGUAUUUCACGGAGUUGACGUUGUUGAUAUUACCGAACGGUUUGACACAGUGUCGUGCUGUUUUUCAAAGGGACUAGGUGCCCCCCUGGGCUCGAUUUUGUGUGGCGACCGUGAAACCAUUCGUAGCGCUCGACGUUGGCGAAAACUAGUCGGAGGCGGAAUGCGUCAGAGCGGAGUGGUUGCUGCGGCAGCUUUGUUCGCAGUUAAAAAUCACGUAGCAAGAUUGGCAGAAGAUCACCAUAACGCAAAGUGGAUUGCAGAACAGUUGUCUUCGAUUGAUGAGAUUGAUGUUGAGUUUCACGAGAAUCAAACCAACAUGGUAUUCGUAUCGGCAGAUCGCAAGCAGAUCGAUGAACUGGCUCAGUUUCUUCGUGGUAGCGAAAUCAUUGUCACUCCCGGCUCACCGAUGCGCCUGGUGACCCAUCUUGAUGUUGACCGGGUAGCUGCAUCGCUGCUGGUAGAUGGAAUCAAAGAGUUUUUCUCUCGCUGA